AUGGAGUAUUUCGAUAUCUUUCACUAUGCGGUGCAGAAGGAUCAAGUCGACCUCAGAGGGUCUUUGGAGGAGGACAAGCUUUUCAUCAGAUUCCAGUUCUUCAGGUCAUUCCAAUUCCGCCGUGUGCGAAACGGUCCAUGUAUUGUUAAUACCAUUGAUCUUGUAGCCCAAGUAGAUUAUCGGGUAACGUUUUCUCAUCUCAAGCAGCAAUUAUCUGACAACUACGACAGCGAUAGGUAUUAUGAAACUAUCUUCUCCGAGGCUCUGUCGAGUUUGGGUGUGCCGAAAGAUGAACAUCCUGCUGCUGUUGAGACGCUGUUCCGGAAGGUUGAGGCGGUCGUGGAUCCCAAGUGCCCUGUUUUUCUGGGUGUGUUUGACACCACUGUCGUGGAGGGAGAUGUUACACUGGAUCCAAAUUUGCCUAAUUGGAUUCCUGCAAGCAGAUCGUUCAUCCAGGGCUUGGAGCCAGUGCCAUUCAAUAGUGACAUUAUCGCACGCUCGCCUUACUGUACUGUUUGCUUGGAGGAUUUUGAACAACAAGGACCCAGCACUCAGUUGCCCUGCACACACCAUUUUCAUCUGCAUUGCAUUGUUCAGUGCCUGGAGGUGAAUCACAUGUGUCCCCUCUGCCGAUACGAGAUGCCGAUUGAUCAAGAUUAA